AUGGACGCCGCCGAGGCGAGGAGGAGCAGCGCGUCCUCCUCCCCGGAGUUCGAGUUCUGGCCGCUCCACCCCAACCCCGCCGCCUCGCCGUCCUGCGCCGACGAGCUCUUCGCCGGCGGCGUCCUCCUCCCGCUCCCCGUCCUGCCCCCGAAGCCGGCGUCGUCCCACUCGGGGAGGAGCAGCAACCAAGGCGUGCCGGCUCCGGAGCCGGAGCCGGAGACCGAGCUAGCAGAGGCGUCCAUUCUCGCGACCGUCGCUCCGCCUACGGCCUCCAUUACUUCGCCGGCACCGCCCGCCACCGCCUCCACCGGAGGGUCCAAGCGGUGGACGGACAUCUUUUCGAAGAAAACCGCGGAGGAGAAGGAGAAGGAGAAAGAGAAGGAGAAGCGCAAGGACGGCGCCGGCAGCCGGAAGCAGGCUGCGCACGGCGGCGGGGGAGGCGCGGGCGCGGGCUCGGAGCUGAACAUCAACAUCUGGCCCUUCUCCCGGAGCCGCUCGGCCGGCGGCGGCGGGUCCGGGUCGUCGAAGCCGCGGCCGGCCGCGCGGAAGGUCAGCAGCGCGCCGUGCUCGCGCAGCAACUCCCGCGGCGAGGCCGCGGGCGCCCCUCCCCGGCGGUGGGCGGCGAGCCCCGGCCGCGCCGGCGUGCCGGUGGGCCGGUCCAGCCCCGUCUGGCAGAUCCGGCGCCCCGCGGCCAAGCCCGCGCCCGCGCCCUCCGCCUCGGAGCUGCCGUUCGUCGACAGGCGGGCGCCCGCGCCGCAGACGCACAAGGAGAAACCCGGCAGCGCCACCGCCGCCGCCGCCGGACGGAAGCCCGGCCUGAGCGGCGGCGUCCGGGGCCUGAACUUGAGCGUGAACUCGUGCAUCGGGUACCGGCACCAGGUGAGCUGCCGGCGGGCGGACGUCGGCGCCGCCCGCGGCCCCGGCGGCGGAGGGCUGUUCGGCAUCAAGGGGUUCUUCUCCAAGAAGGUGCAUUGA